AUGGUCAAGAAUAUUAUUUUUUCAAUUUUAUUAUUACAAUCUAUUUAUAUUUUCUCAGUGCAAGCUUAUUGUCUUCCAUCAUGGACUGGUAUCGACUGUAGCGUUUGUACUCAAAAUAAUACAUGUGGUUGUGAAAACUCUAUGCAAUUCAGAUCAGGAAAAUAUUAUUCUUGCGAUUCACAAGUUCAACUAUUUAGUGAGUAUCCAAGUGUUUCCUUUAAUUGUCAAGGUAGUGAAUGCGCAUUGAAUGUUUUCGCACAGAACUACAAUCCAGGACGUUACGCCCCAAAUAUUAAUUGUAAAUUCUCCCAGUGUGUAUUGAAUGGAUUGUCAGCACAAUGCGCAUCAGUAUCAUGUGGUUGCCGUAACUGUCCAAUGCAGACAAAUGCCUUAGCUGUGGGUGUCACUGGUGCCUCUUCGAUUCAAUGUACCGACAGUGGCUCCUGUAAAUUCUUCAACACACAACUCGGUUCAAUUGUAUCAAUGAACCCAAUUCCAUUGCAAUGUUCCGCAGGUUAUUGCGAUAACACUCCACAAGUAACUCCAUGCAAUUCUGUCGGAAGCAGUGGUAUUAAGAUUUCAGCUAGUCUCAGCUUCUCUGUUUUCUUUGUCGUUUUUGCUGCAAUCAUCAAUUAUUUAUUUUAA